GAGAAUAGGGGUAAUAUAGCCCGUAGAAAGUUUUUCCACAACUCCCUCUUUUAAAGGGAGUAUGAUAUGAUAUGAUUUAUUUACUAGUAUUUUUUGGAUGGUUUAGUUAAAUACUUGAUGGCACAUCAGAGUUCUUGCUCACCUUUUGGCUCAAAAAAAUGUCUGCUAGGAUCAAUGAUUCUUUUACCAUAUCAACAUUAAUGUUAUUACACUAAAAUGAAAAACUAAGGUGAAAAUGGAUAUCAUUUAAAAAAAAAAAAAAGAAUUGGAUAGAAUAACAUCUUGUCAUCUAUAAUAUACGAUCAAGAAAAUCUAACUUUUUUCUAUAUUAAGCAAAUUAUAUUAUUUACUUACAAAAUAAAUGGUAUUAUACGUUCUCAGAGCUUAUGAAAAAAAUUUGAGGACAUUGUAAUAGUGAGCAAAGUUUUGUGUAAGGAAGAAAAUCUUUGUAAUGCAAGAAAAAAAUAUUGUUGUAGGAAGAAAGUCUUCGUAAAAUAAGGGGGAAAAAGCCCAACUUGUGUCUCACAUUUAUUAGGAAGAAAGUCUUCGUAAUGUAAGGGCGAAAAAAGCCUAGCUUGUGUCUCACAUUUAUCUACACCUUGAGUCUCCAUCUAAGGGGAAAAAAAGCUAACUUGUGUCUCACAUUUAUCUACACCCUGAGUCUCCAUCCAACUUCAUUAUUCAAGUACCUUUGUAUCCUUCUAUUUCACUUCAAAAACAUUGACAACUUGGCACUAAGUGACAAAAUAUCCAAUUUUUAUUUAUAUUUUCAACUAUCAACUAUCUGUUUUGAUCUGUAAAUGAAUUUGACUACUGAAUGUUUCUUCCUUCUUUUCUUGACCAUCCAAUUCCCUUGACCUCUCCAACUCCACCUGUAAACAUUAAUUUAGCUUCAAUUCUGUUUGACAAAAAUCACAACGUUCCCACUCAAAUUCUCUUCAAACAUCAUCACUUCUAUCUCUAUAUAUAUAUUGCACCCCUUCAAUGCACAUUUCAUUCACUAAGCCAAAACCUUAGCCUUCAAAAAAUAUCCCAAUCUCUUCUCUCCUUAAUUAAUUUUACCCAAAGAAAAGAAAGAUGUCGUCGUCGUCGCAGACCAUCGAGAGUCACCGCUCAGCUGCAGAGAUCUACCAUGGGGAUGCUGAGUGCAAGAAGAAGAUUGUCCAGCUUUUGACAGAGCUCUGCCUUCCAAAGGGCUUGUUCCCUAUGGAGGAUAUCGAAGAAUUUGGCUACAAUCGUGCAUCUGGAUUUGUGUGGAUAACUCAGAAGAAGAGUAAGAACCACAAUUUCAAGAAGGUAAAGCGUCAGGUUUCAUAUGCGACUGAGGUGACCGCAUUAGUUGAGACUCGCAAGAUGAAGAAGAUGACCGGAGUGAAAACCAAGGAGCUUCUGCUGUGGCUCUCCGUUGUUGAGAUGUAUUUUGAGACUCCUUCCUCUGAGAAGCUCACCUUCAAGACUGGAACCGGACUCUCUGAUAGCUUCGAUGCAUCAGCUUUUGAACUUGAAUGAAAGAGAGAAUGAGCAAGGAAUUUCUACCCUCUAGUUUGAAUAUAUCUGUGUGCUGUUGUUUUUUACUUUUGAACCCAGUGCUGUUCUUCGUGUUUAAUUAAUGCUAAAUAAGAAUUGUUAUGUGUAAAAUAAAUUCUCCCUCCUUGUUGCUUUU